ACAAACGUAAUCGUCUAGGAAUCAAGAAAAUUAUAGAUUAAACAAUAGCAUUAGUAAUCGAGUCGACAAAGAAAAAAAAGAAGAUAAAAUAGAGCAAAAUAGGUUGACUACAUAAAAGCUGCUACAUAACACUAUCGAGGUGGUUGGAUGGCAGUUAUAACACAACGAAGAACCAAGGAAGAACGACCCCCAAAAUGCCAAAAAAAGAAUUUGCCAAAUAAGGGUUGUCAAAAGGAGAAGAUUGAGGGGGUGGGAUAUCAUGCGCUCUUUGCAAAAAAACGGACCGAAAACCAAAUGCAAAGAAGGGCGUUGGUGCAGAGAGGGUGGAUGAAUAUAUGUGUGCCUUUGGAACAAUCUUCUUUCUUUCUACAAGUUCUCUCUGGUCCCAAAAUAAACGCAUUUUGGGGGAGAUGGGGGAGCGAUGUCGUGAGAGCAUGCUUUGCCCUUGUUUCUUUCUUUUACUUAGGUCUCGGUGGUUACACGCCCUGCGUUAUGUAUAAUCUUCAACUCCAUUGUCGAAUUCUUCAUCAAGGGGGGACGUAGAUAAGUUUUGGUUGGCAUAGUC